GCGCUGCGUCGUGAAUCGAUCGAGGUUAUUGUUCCUCGGUGUGACUGCAACGCUAUCAGUCGCAACACCUUUAUCAGGUGUAUACGCCGGAUGUGCGAAACCUGAACGUUGCUUACAUGACGAUGAACAUGUCAUCGUCCGCGGAACGUGACUGCAAUUUGCUAAAAUUAUGAGUUUAUUUGAGUGGAUUCGAGGCAAAAAGCAAAAAUGGCGAGGAUACAGUGGUCCCUGACGAAGGCGCCAAGUGUUUUUAGGAUUAGUUUGAAGCAGAGGUGGUGGCAGCUGCAAAUUGCGUUCAAAUCCUUGUUCUACAAUGAUUUCUUGAACUGGAGUUAUGCUUGCGAUAUACUUAUGGAACCCAUGUUCUGGUUCGUGGAGAAUUUUACUGCCUGUUUGGGUCCGUCUGCAGGUGUUUGUGGUAAUGGUGAGCUUGCUGACCGCCAGUAUUGUGUACAUUGCGUACUACCUGGGACUACCGUGGUGGUGGGAGUACAGUCCAUUGGCAACGAUAAUUCUUUUGCUAGUGGGAAAUUGGUUGUUAGUUAAUAUCUGCUUCCACUAUUAUAUGGGUGUGACUGUGCCAGCGGGUUAUCCACCGCAGGGUGGCCUCAUUCCAGAGGCUGUGAGCAUAUGCAAGAAAUGCAUCAAGCCAAAGCCACCGAGGACGCAUCAUUGCUCUGUCUGCAACAAGUGCAUCCUCAAAAUGGAUCAUCAUUGUCCAUGGCUGAACAAUUGCGUCGGUCAUUACAAUCACCGACACUUCUUCCUAUACAUGGUUUACACUGUGAUCGGUAUCACGUUUGUCAUGAUAUUUGGCGUGCGACUCGCCUACGAGGAGUUCUUCCCUGAACAGGAACCGGAAUUGGACGGCCACCCAGUGCGCCUGAAUAAUUCGGAAAUAAUUCCCAUGACAGAGUCAUUGGAGCAUUUGAGCGCGGAGGAGCUAGCGGAAAUAGCGAGACAGGCGGCGGAGAACGAGGCCAAGGAGUGGCGACGAAGACUGAUCAUUUUCGCGGGUCUGAUUUGUAUCGCUGCGGUCGCAGCGUUGGGCGCUCUGUCCUGGUGGCACGCGGGUCUCGUAUCUCGGGGAGAGACGAGUAUCGAGGCGCGUAUCAAUAGCACCGAAUCGCAAAAGUACAAGGCUCAGGGGAAAUUUUAUCAAAAUCCGUACGACUUCGGACUGAAGGAGAAUUGGAGAUUAUUCUUGGGGAUAAAGAAUAGGAGCUGGUGGUACGUCUUACUUCCAUCCACUCACGGCCCAUACGGCAAUGGACUAACAUGGCGAACCAUACAUGAUAGCAAGAUAUCUUGAUUUUUGAGCUUCAAGAAGUCAGCGAAGCAAGCUUUCCGAGACUGCAUUCCGUUAUACUAUCCAUAUCUUAUAGUGACUUUUUCCACUCCAGAGUUUCAGUAUUCUAGUCAGAACUACAGACUAUUAAAUCGCACUAUUAUGAUUAAUUGAAAUGGCACAUACAUAAUUGCUCAUAACUGCCGUUUGACGAAAUGAUCUUCUCGACGGAUAAUAAUUGAAGCCCAAGCGGCAUCGAUUUUGCUGAAAUCAUAACAUUAAUCAUACAUGGUAAAUGAGUAUCAUACUUAUGAGAAGCGUGGCGAAUAGUAAAAUAUUUUCAAACGCCAUAAAUCUCCGAAUCCUCCAUUAAUUUGACUGGCUAGUUAUUUAAUUACGAGACUUUUACGAGUUACUUGAUCGCGAGACUUAAUUUAGCCGAGUAUGAUUUAAUAAAACAAUGUUUUUUGUACCUUUCGCAAGAGCCGAAUAAAUUAUAGUUACUGUUCUUGUG